GGAGACUGUCGACGACGGUUUUAACAGUGCUUGGUUUGACUCACGUAGCAGCAUGACACGAGUUUUGCGGUCUCGGGAGUCGGGGAUCUGACGAGCGGUGAGGAGUGACAAGCUGGAAAGCACGAGCCGCGAGCGGAGAGCGAGCGCGCGAGUGAGCGUAUGAUACAUGCACGUACUCGUGCACGCGAGAGAGAGAGAGAGAGAGAGAGAGAGAGAGAGUGCGAGAUUGUGAAGCGUGAGCUCGUGCUCUCGGUAUAGUAUACAGUGUACAGCCAGUACAGACUCUACAGACGCAUCACCACACGACGGAUCGCAGAUCCUCGCUGACUGGCACGUUUUGUUGCGAGACCAAGACCCGCGACAUAUUCCUUUUCCCUUACCGAGUCGCCGAGUCACGGCCAGCGUGUCAAGUGUAACGCGGUAACGUACGCCGUUUGACGAGUUUAGCGUGUUCUUAGCGCGAGGAAGCGGCCGCCAAUCGCUCGAGAUGGCUGGUGCGAUGCUGUUCGAACGGGCCCAGGCUGUUUCGGUGACGAACCGCAGCGAGGGUAUCUCGCUGCUCAACGAGAUCGUCUCGGACCCGAGUAUCGGCGUCGCCGACGAUGACGAGGACAAUAUCCGCGUCAAGGAGCAGGGUAUCCUGCACCUGGGCGAGCUCUACAAGAAGGAGGGCAAGGCGAAAGAACUGGCCGAGCUGAUCAAAGCCACCAGACCGUUCCUCAGUCUUAUUAGUAAAGCAAAGGCCGCCAAGCUCGUGCGGUCCUUGGUCGACUUCUUCCUGGAUCUGGAGGCUGGUAUUGGUAUCGAGGUGCAAUUGUGUAAAGAAUGCAUAGAAUGGGCGAAGGAAGAACGCAGAACGUUUUUAAGGCAAUCGUUAGAAGCCCGCUUAAUAGCCCUUUACUUUGAUACGGGCAUGUUCAGCGAAGCGUUGCAAUUGGGAUCUGCUCUCCUCAAGGAACUCAAAAAACUGGAUGACAAACAGCUAUUAGUAGAGGUUCAAUUGUUAGAGAGCAAGACAUAUCAUGCAUUGAGUAAUUUAGCAAAAGCGAGAGCGGCACUUACCAGCGCCAGGACAACUGCCAACGCGAUUUACUGUCCACCUAAGAUGCAAGCGGCUCUGGAUCUGCAAUCGGGAAUACUACACGCUGCGGACGAACGAGAUUUCAAGACUGCUUACUCUUACUUUUACGAAGCUUUCGAAGGGUAUGACAGUGUUGAAAGUCCCAAGGCGUUGACAGCGCUCAAAUACAUGUUACUCUCUAAAAUCAUGUUGCGCACGCCGGAAGACGUUCAGGCUAUCAUGUCUGGCAAACUGGCGGUGAAAUACGCGGGAUUGGAUCUAGACGCGAUGCGGGCAGUAGCCGAAGCCAGUCAUCGACGAUCGCUCGCGGAUUUUCAGAAGGCGGUUAAGCAAUACCGACAGGAAUUGGAAGACGAUGUAAUUGUACGCGCACAUCUUGGCUCUCUCUAUGACGCUAUGCUGGAGCAAAAUUUAUGUCGUUUAGUCGAACCUUAUUCACGAGUCCAGGUGAGUCAUAUUGCUUCGUGCAUAUCCCUGCCAUUGGCACAAGUAGAAAAGAAACUAUCCCAAAUGAUUUUGGACAAGAAGCUGCGAGGAGUUCUCGACCAAGGAGAAGGUGUUUUAAUUGUUUUCGAAGAUACACCACGCGAUAAGACCUACGAAAUCGCAUUAGACACAAUACACAGCAUGGGGAAAGUCGUCGAUACACUUUACCAGAAAGCCAAGAAACUCACCUAGCCUUAUUUAAUAUGUAUUUAUACAAGAAAAAAUCUAUCGCAAUUAUAACCAUUAAUAAUUAGUUACUCUCAUUAAAUACUGUCGAUUAACUGUAUUUUUUCUCGUAAUUAACGUGAACGGCACACAAGUGUCGCGAACAAAAAGUGCUCAUUUACCAAUAUGUUCGUAUAGGAUCGCUUUUAUUGUAGGAAUUGUUUAAAAAAAAAUGAUAAAACGAAAUAAUCCCA